AUGAACCGUCUUGUCAUCGUCGCUCUGGCCCUGUUGCCUUGCGCUCUCGCCACUGAGUGUAAUGCCGACAACUGCGCCAGAGCAGUCACUGGCACCCGGCGCGGUGAUGACUUUGUCUCUUCCGCUCAAGGCGAUUGCAGUCGCUUUAUGCAAAAGACUGUUACCGCACCGGCUAUGACCAUUACCUCUACUGUUGCCCCUCCGUGGUACGCUUCUGCCUGCUCGGGCACUGUCCGUUAUGCUAGCGCCUGCUCGUGCUGGGGCAUUCCUGGCGACGCAGUCACGAUUACACCUACCACAACCGUCACAACCACUCUUAAUGCGGCUCCCACUCUGUAA